AUGGUUUGGGAAAGAUUGAAGCUGGAGAAGCGGGGGGCCCUGGUUGUGGAAUUUGAGGCUCCCCUUGUCUCAGGCCUAAAGCUGCCAGUCCAGCAGCGGAGAGUGGUAUUUCCAGAGGAUGUCAUUCAGUUCUCACCAUCUGUGCCACACUCACUGCAACUGGGCGACAAGGUGCUGGCACCCUGGGAGCCGGAGCAACAGCAGUAUGGCCCGGGCACUGUUCUCUUGGGCUUGAAGAAACAAAAAGGACAAAAAGCAUCUAAAGAAGAAGAAAUCACUGUUCACUUCUGGAAUGGCAAGACAACUAAGGUGCCUCUAGACAGGGUCAGAUGCGUGCCCCUCACGGUCUGGAAGAAGGCUGUGGAAAGACUACAGACACCUCACACCAGGGGCUGCCUUGGCUCUUGUCUCUGGGCACCUCACUGCUCCCAGCUGGGAUCCAGCACUGGAUGCACCAUGCACAGGCAUCCCCUGCACUCAUCCCUCUUAUGCUCUCCCUGCCUCUCCUGUGUCCACUGCCAGCUUCAGUGUCAGAGCAGCUGCCCUGUGGUGGGGCCUAGCUGGUGGCCUCUGACUAGGACCUCAGAGCUCACAACCAGAAAACUCCCAGAGCCAGAGGAGAAGCCCACAGCUCAGCUUUUGCCCCUACAAGGUCCCAAAGAGGAGGCAGUAGCAGCAUUCAGCUACAAUAUGUGCUCUUUCUCCUCCUCUGAGGGAGAAAAUUCAGAGAGUUAUCUGGAGAUGGGACUGCCCCAGAGACAGAUGGUAAGCAGGGCAGUCAACACUGACCCCAUCCCUUCUGAGACGUCUCUGCGGCAGUGCAGCCCCCACAAGCCCCAGUGGAGGUACUGGAGGAGAAAUGGGCCUGAGCCACCCCCUGGAAAGCCAGGAAGUUAAAGGAUCAUGAAGUAGACACUUGAAAAGGGGUGACAAAGAAUAGUUGACAACGAAACAGGAGGCUGAGCAGUGGUGGGCAAGAGUGCCUAAGAGCAACUGCUCUCCUGAGGCCUGCAGGAAAGCGGCAUUCAGAAGAACCUGUUGUGAGGGGCACAGAAGCUGGUGGUCCUGCCCUGGAACUCCCUGUCAGUGGCCUAUGAACUGCUUAGGACGCCUAUUUACAGAAGGGACAGGUGUGCCCACUGCUUUGGGCAAGUGCAUCCCAUCUGAAGCCUACAGCUGUACAUAGGAAACCUUGUCUUUCUUUUUAAUACCAAUACAAUGAUUUCUUUUUA